GCUGCAACACCCGCAGCAGCAGCUGCAGCAGCAGCUGCAGCAGUUGCUGUGGUGACGGCUUCGACUGUGGAGGUCCUGCUGAAGCGCAUCGAUCCCUCUGCCGUAGUUACACCGGAGUGUCUCGAGGCUGUGGUAGCAAUGGCGGAUGCGUAUACCGAGCAGAUCGGCCGACUCCUCGCGCAGUUUGCCCGUCGAUGGGGUGCUACGACUGUCACUCACAGAGACGCCAGAGCCUUUAUUGAGCGACUUUCGGGGUCCCCUGGAUGGCAGUCCAUGGCAGUGACGGCAGCAGCGGCUGCGCCUCAACGCGGGGUACUUGCUGCAGCUCGGCAACAACGGCAGAUGCUGCUUGGACGUAUCCGUGAGGCAGAAAGAGCAGCAGGGGAAGCCUCAGGGGAGAGUGGCGUGAAGGGGCGCCGUGAGGCAGUGCCUAGCUUCACGCAAGAAGCGGUUGAGAGGGCAGCAGCAACACCAGCAGUACUCAGUAGGGGUUCUGCUGCUGUUGAUAGUGGCGCUUCUACAGUGCGCGGCAGCGCCCAUUCAGCCGUCCAGACACCGCAGCACCGACCGCGCGUGCGCUUCUCGCAAGAUGCUCCGAAUACAGCAGGGGCAGCUGCGCAAAUAGGGGCCACAGCAGCAGCAGCAGCAGCAGCAGCAGCAGCAGCGACAGCAGCACCAAGCAACGCCGCCUCGCCAGGAGCCAUGUUGCAGCGCGUCUUUCGAACCCCAGAGGGGCCCCCCUCGGAUUUUACAGCGGCGGCAGGAGGCAUGGGAAUGCCUCCUCCAGCUCGCCUGUCUCGGCAGUUCGCAGUCGACAUCACGCCUUCCAAGGAGUCUCCGCCGCUACGCCAGGAGCCGCCCCUUGGCGUGAUGAGAACGUCUGCUGCUGCACUGCAGUGGGGGGGUUGGCUAGGGGGUGAAAAGGCACUUACCAAGCCCCCGAACAGCCCGUCGGGUGUCAGAUGA